AUGUGUUCUAAUGGUGUUUAUCAAUUAAAAAAAAUUCUAUUGAAAUAUAGUGAAACAGGUCAUAGUAGUAGAAAUGUUCGUUUUUUUUUAAGAUUUAUUUUACCUGACUACAAAGAAGAAAAUAAACAUUUAAAUUUUGAAAUACAACAUGAACAAUAUGAAGAACCAAAAGCUAUAUUUGAGUAUAUAAAUAAUAGCAAAUACGAAAUAUCACUAAAAGAUAUAAAAUCUAAACAUAUUGUUGAUAUUAUUAAUUUAUAUAAAGAUAGUGCUGGAAACACAGAUUUUUUAAAACAUGGAGGACCUAAAGUUUAUUCAAAUAGAAGAAGUAUUCAAGGAUUAUGGUGUCCAAGUAUAUAUAGUGAGCUAAAUGCCAUUUCCUAUUUAAAAAAAAAAAAAAAAAACAACAUUAAAUUGCCAAAAUAUACAAGAGAAAGUUUAAAUUUAAAUUAUGAUGUCAUAAAAGGAAAUGGUAGAUGGGGUAAUGAAAAUUUAUUCCCAAAAGGUUUUGAUCAAAGAUAUUUAAAAAACAUUUUUUGUUUUCCUUUUAAAGAUAGUAUACCAAAAAAAAAUGAACAAAAUAACAGUUGUAACGUGUAUGAACCACAUAUAAAAUCCUUUUAUAAAUUUUACAAAAAUUAA